UCGCAGUGCUGUGAAGAUGAAUUUGGCAAACAUCUUUAUUUUCAUUCAGCUCUUUGGAGCCCAUGCAGACGUGAUAUUUAGGCGUCUGACAAAGAACCAGUCACUGGAGCUCUCCUGCUCCCCUCAGCAGGACCUCGGCUGCCCGACGGGCCUCCACCUGUACCACCGCAGCUCCCAGAGCCAGACCACCCUGCUCUCCAUUGCAGGGGAUGGCGAAGUCAGGGUCAACCCAGAACACAGGGGGCGUCUGCAGCUCUGUGGAGGACUGGACUCCCCGCAGGUCAAUGUGACCAUAUCCCACUUAGAGCACAGUGACACAGGCCUCUACAUGUGGGAACUGACCUACGGAGAGGAGCUCAGCCCUGAUCUCGUCCUCAGUGCUCAAAAGGUUUUCUUGCUGGUUGAUGGAGCAGGGAGGCUAUGCCAGUGCUCGCCCAGCUACCCCCCUCUGAUCCUUACCAUCUUUGCAGCAGCAGGACUUGUUAUGCUCACACUCGGCUGGCUGGCCGCAGAGAAAUGUGUAAAGGCGAGGCGUCAUCACAGACCACAGCCUCCUGUUCCUAUCUAUGAGGAAAUGACCAGGAAGCAGCAGAGCGCAGGAAUCCCCCAAAAUAACCAUGAGGCCCCCUCACACCUGGAGGAAGACAACUUCCCUGUGUACGCUAACCCCAACAUCCGACAGCCACAGGACAACUAUUACGCCUGUCCCAGGCAGCUUGCCCUCAGAGCCUGACGUGACUUUUGCCAUCGACCUAAUGGUGCAGAAAACACAUACAGGAAAUGACUCUGCUGCAAAAAUAUGAUCUGAGAGUUGCAGAGCAGCACACAUGCUGCACUGAUGGUGAACCUUUGCCCAGGAAACAAGAAAGAUCUGUGUGGUGGAGCAAACGCAGAGAGUGGAGCACCAAAUAAUCAAAAGGCACAUUUUUUUAACAGCCAAGAAAAAAAAUGCUAUUUUAUUAAUAUUUGAAAGAAGCUCCAUAGUUCAUGAAAACAUUUGUUUCGGUGCAUGUCAUUUAACAAUCACAUUCUAUGAGGAGAAAGAGAUAUACAGAGAGAAAAAAAUAAAACAUUACAAGCCACUGACUUCUCAUUAAAUCUCAGUACAGACAUUUUUAAUUAAUAUUUCAAAAACAAAAAAGGCAAAAAAACAAACAAACAAAAAAGCCCUAAUCCCAUACCCCACCCCACCCUCCAAAAAACCUUUACAACUGAGAAAAAAAAAAACCCUUGAGGGUGAUAGGCUAGAAUCCCACAGUGCUAAAGAGUGAGACGCUCAUUGGUUUUAGGAAUACACAGCAUGGCGAUGUAGCGCUAGGUCAAUCUGAAUCAGGGGAAGGAAGCUGGAGGCAGAGGGCUCGACAUCACUCACCUCUCCACCCCCCUUCCCUCCACCCCCUUAACAAAACAAAACAAGAACAAAACAAAAAACACAUUGGAUCCCAAAAACCCCUGCAAUAGAUCAGCCACUUAAGAAGUAGGCCAUAAAAAAUCCCCAUCUUCCGCCCCCCCACACCCACAACACUUGUGCAUAGUUUCAUGAUCCUUUACAACCAGCUCAUGUUUUACAAACAUCCUCCAAAAUGUGAAAAGUUCCACAAAAGUCUGAUUUAUCUAUUAAUAAUACCCGCUGUGGGAGAAUGAAAGAGAGAGAGAGAGAGAGAAAGAGGAAAGAAAGAUUAAUGCACAAUGUUCCUGAUUCAGUCAGGACGGGACCUCAUUAAGAAAACACAAUAAAGAUUCAAACAUACAGCAUUUUGCAUGUUAUUCACCGUCUUUCUUUUUUUUUUUUUCAACAAUCAAAAUCAUUGACCAUUUUUUGUUUUUAAAUGUAAAGCAAUUUUUAUAUAUAGAUUUAUAUAUAAAGCACUCCAUUUUCAUUUAAAGUCCAUUAUUUGGUUAUUAUGUAACUGCUACGGAUUUAGAAACAAAAGGUAUUUUCUCUUCUUCUGAAAUCCAUAACUUUCAGUGCUUAAAAUUGUUUCUUUUAAAUCAUCCUUUUCUUUUUACUCAUCAUAAAAAUGUACAUUAAAAUGGCGUGGAGUUGGUACUCUGGAACCCUGGCCUUCCUGAGACAAGAUCCACUUUUUCGUGUGUGCAAGAUAGUGAGCAAUUAUGUCUUUUUUUCUUUUCUUUUCUUUUCUUUUCUAUAAAGGAAAAUAUAUAUAAUCAACAUAAAACAUACAGGCUUGAGAUAGUCCAUGAAAUCAACAUUAACACCGAACAAAGAAGGUUAAACAGAACAAGACAACACUGUUCAAUCCCAGAGUUCUGAAAGUAGCACAAUAAAUCUUCAUUCUGUGUUGCACUUUUUUUUCUUUAAAAAAAAUGGAAGCAUGUGUCCUUUUUUUCUUUUUUCCAACAUUCCCAUGGUUUAAUUCCUUUGUGUUGCAGAUUUUUUUGAACUCCAGAAAAAAACAAAGUGUUUGUAAACUGUCAGUGGCCUUGCAGGAAAACGAAUGACAACAUGAGUGAAACGAACAUAAGUGAAAACAGAACGAAAGCUAACAAACCAAAAAGGUAGGCACCUCUGAAGUGAGCCCUAGAAGCCAAGGCUCAGUCUGAUGUCUUGUCCUUCACUCUCUCCGUUGCUCAGAUUUGGGAGAGCUGAAGUCCUUCUACCCCAAUCUAUGGCCACAGGUCUGCAAAAUACUUUUUUUGCUGCAUUUUUUAUACAUAUGUGAUUUUUUUUUUUUUUUAGUUUUCUUGGUUUUUUUUUUUUAGGUUUAUAGUCCGAAAAAUGGUGCAAUACUCAAUUAUGAUCCAUACUUUCUUGGAUUAUUCCACAAUGAAAGCCACUAAGGUAGAUAAACAUUACAUUUUAAAAACACACUUAUUUUAGUCCUUGAGUAAACAUUUACACAUGAACUGUCCCCGUCUCCCCUCAGUACUUGUAUCAUGUUGUUCAUUUAGCUGGAUGAGGGGUGAGGCCGACACUCAGUGCAACGCUAGAGGCUAGUAACAAUUAACAUCAGAAUAUAUUUUUGACAAGCAAAAAGAAAAAAAAAAAAAACAAAACAAAAU